GGCAGCGAGGCCGGACGGGCGCUCGCCCGCCGUUGGGGCAGGAAGCGCUCCCCUUCUAGACUCCGCCUCCUUUUCAUGCCCGUAUCCGAGCGCCGCGCAGCUUUUCUGCUCCGGCCCCCGCGGAACGUUCUCGCCUCUCUCGGAGAGGGGGGACUCUCCCCCCGCCCCCCGUUUGCCCCGCUGUCUCCAGCCUUCUCAGACCCGGCCCCGUCGCCCUCCGGGCUCCCUCCCGCAGUUCCCGACUCCUCCGCCGGGUUCCGCUUUGUAGCCCCUCCUCCGCUGGGGCGCGCGGACUCGGCCCCGCUCCCCUCUCGGCGCGCCCUACCCGUCUCGGGCCGCGCAGGACUACAUUUCCCAGCGGGCCGAGCGGCCGGCGCCGAGGCUGCGGUCAGGUGACCGGGUCGCGUGGCCCGAGGAUCGUCAGUGCGUUCGCCCCGAGGAGAGCCGACCGCCCUGCGCCGCUGCUGACCUCUGGCAGAGUUGAGCCAAAAUGUCCCCGGAAUCCAAAAAGCUUUUCAACAUUAUUAUUUUAGGAAUUGCCUUUAUGUUUAUGUUCACCGCCUUUCAAACUUGUGGAAACGUGGCGCAAACUGUCAUCAGGAGCUUAAAUAGCACAGAUUUUCACGGCAGUGGAUACACCAGCAUGGCAAUUAUUUAUGGAGUGUUCUCAGCUUCAAAUUUGAUUACACCAUCAGUGGUUGCCAUUGUAGGACCUCAGCUCUCUAUGUUUGCAAGUGGUUUAUUUUACAGCAUGUACAUUGCCGUUUUUAUCCAGCCUUUCCCAUGGUCCUUCUACACAGCCUCUGUCUUCAUUGGGAUUGCAGCUGCUGUGCUUUGGACGGCACAAGGAAACUGCCUGACAAUAAAUUCAGAUGAGCACACUAUUGGGAGAAACAGUGGAAUUUUCUGGGCACUCUUACAAUCUAGCUUGUUCUUUGGAAAUCUCUACAUAUAUUUUGCUUGGCAAGGGAAAACUCAAAUAUCAGAGAGUGACCGAAGGACAGUGUUUAUUGCCCUGACAGUGAUUAGCCUGGUGGGGACAGUUCUUUUCUUUCUCAUUCGGCAACCAGAGUCUGAAAAUGUCCUGGGAGAAGAUGAGUCUUCUGAUGACCAGGACCUGGAAGUCAACGAGUCUGCCCAGAACACCGUGGCAAAGGCAGUAGACGCGUUUAGAAAGUCUCUUAAGUUAUGUGUCACCAGGGAGAUGCUCCUUCUUAGUAUUACAACUGCUUAUACAGGUCUGGAAUUGACUUUCUUCUCUGGUGUCUACGGAACGUGUAUUGGUGCUGUAAAUAAAUUUGGGACAGAAGAGAAAAGCCUCAUUGGACUUUCUGGCAUUUUCAUUGGCAUUGGAGAAAUUUUAGGUGGAAGCCUCUUUGGCCUGCUGAGCAAGAACAAUCACUUUGGUAGAAAUCCAGUUGUGUUGUUGGGCAUCCUGGUGCAUUUUAUAGCUUUUUAUUUGAUAUUUCUCAACAUGCCUGGGGACGCCUCUAUUGCUCCUGUCGAAGGAACGGAUAGUACUGCCUACGUCAGAUCCAGCAAAGAGGUCGCUAUCUUCUGCAGUUUCCUGUUGGGUCUUGGGGACAGCUGCUUCAAUACCCAGCUGCUCAGCAUCUUAGGGUUUCUCUAUUCGGAAGACAGCGCUCCAGCCUUCGCGAUCUUCAAGUUUGUUCAGUCCAUUUGCGCAGCCGUGGCAUUUUUCUACAGUAACUACCUUCUCCUUCACUGGCAACUCCUGGUCAUGGUGAUAUUUGGGUUUUUUGGAACUAUCUCGUUCUUCUCCGUGGAGUGGGAUGCCGCUGCCAUUGUAGCCCGGGGCUCUGACUACCGAAGUAUCUGAUCCGGGGCCCCUCCGGGCGGCACAGCCGGACAACGGCCCGGCUGACGUAGCCACCCGUCGUCGCCGCCGAGUAUUGGACGGUAUUCAGUACGGAAAAUCAAGGAAUUAAGACUGCUCGAUCUGCCAGGGUUGGUAUUCAAGUUUACAGAGAUCAGCUAUUUAAAGCAAGCAGAACGAGGGGGACUCGUUCUGUUCAUUAUAAUUGUUCAAAGAUGUUGUUUUUCCAUUCAUCUGUCUCAAGUUCCUUAUAAUCAUGUUAGAGAAUGUAAAUGUUUUCUUCUCCCUCCUGUUCUCUUUGAGAGAUCCUGCCCCGAUUCAGGCUACGAGGCCAUAUGUCAUAUGAAGAUCCUUGCUGGGUAUGGAGUAUGUGCUACUAUGUAAUAAUAGGAGCGUAUGCUCACCCCACAUGUGCGUCUGGGAAUGACAUUUAAAUAAAUCGUGAGAUGCUGGCGUGGGAUCUUUGACAAGAUUUGCACUUUCUUCCUCCCUAAAUGUUUUGUUUUGGUAAGUUGUCCUACCUUGUCAUUCAUAGCAAGGACUGGCUAGUUACUAUAAAAUGAGGUGAGAAUCGUCGAAAGUCUUAAAAAUGAAUCUAACGUGUAAAUGAACAAAAAUGCAUUGAAAACACACACACACACACACACACACACACACACACACACACACAUUUACCAGAGGAGGAUUUUGGCUAGUAUCGUCCUAGAAGAUGCAA